AUGGUCAAUGCUGCUAUGAAUCUCUUUAUGUUUUGGGCGAUUGGUGACCAUGAAGUUACUGUUGUAGGAACCGAUGGUGCAUACACCAAACCACUAAAAAGCGACUACGUGACCAUCUCUCCUGGACAAACCAUUGAUCUCUUAUUCACAGCCAACCAACCAAUAGGUCAAUAUUACAUUGCGGCUAAACCCUAUAAUAGCCAACCAGCGAUUAGUUUCGAUAACACCACCACCACAGCCAUUAUCGAGUACAAAGGCUACAAAAAAUCUUCAAGGAAACCAAUUUUUCCCCAUCUUCCUAAGGUUAAUAGUACCAGUGCAUCUGUUAACUUCACUGGUAGCCUUAGGAGUUUAGCUAGUCGUGCUCAUCCUAUUGAUGUUCCAUUGAAGAUCACACAUAACUUCUUGUUCACCAUCUCGUUGAACACAGUGCCAUGUGCUGAUAACACCUGUUUAGGACCUAGGGGUUUGAGGUUUGCAGCAAGUGUAAACAACAUAACGUUUCAUUCACCAAAUAUUUCUAUACUUGAUGCUUACUAUGGACGAAUCACUGGUGUUUACGGAGACGACUUCCCAAAUUUCCCACCUUUGUUUUUUAACUUCACCGCGAAUAAUUUAAAUAAUUCGUUGGAGACUCCGUUGAAUGCUACAGAGGUGAAAGUACUCGAGUACAACGACACAGUAGAAUUAGUGUUUCAAGGAACAAACUUGGUUGGAGGAAUUGAUCAUCCAAUGCAUUUGCAUGGACAUAGUUUUUACGUUGUUGGAUGGGGAUUUGGCAACUUUAAUAGGAGUAAGGAUACCUUGAGUUAUAAUCUUGUUGAUCCUCCUCUUCAACAAACCAUUGCAGUUCCUAAAAAUGGUUGGACUGCAAUUAGAUUCAAGGCUGAUAACCCUGGAGUAUGGUUAAUGCAUUGUCAUCUCGAGCGUCAUAUAAGUUGGGGAAUGGAGGCGGUGUUCAUUACAAAGAAUGGUAGUAGGGCUGGGGAAUCGAUGUUGCCACCGCCUCCAAAUAGGCCACCCUGCACUUAAAACAUCAUAUAUAUUAAUAUGAAUAAGUUUUCUUUUUCUCCUUUUCAUUUUAGUUAUACAUUUUCAUGUUGACUUCAAUUAUUGUUUCAGUGUGUAUAUGUAGAAGAUAGAAUAAUAACCGAUAGAAGCCUUUGUUCCAAUGGUAUACAAACUAAACGAACUUUAUGACUAUGUUCUGAGUUCAAGUUUGUAAAAACAAAAAUUGUUAGUGGAUUUAUUGUGUGCGAAAGAAAAGAAGAUAGCUAGUUUAAUAACAUAGGCAUACCAUCUAGCCAUUGUUAGUAAUAGCUCCAAGAUGGAAG